AUGGCACACAGUACGGAAACGGCUCUUUUGCGUGUGACUAAUGAUAUGCUAUGUACAAUUGAUAACCCUAAAGAAUCUGUUGCUCUUUUGUUAUUAGAUCUUUUGUCUGCUUUUGACACGGUAAACCAUAAUGUUCUUAUCAGUCGCCUGAAAACAAGCUUCGGGCUUAGCAGCACAGUUAUCAAUUGGUUUAAAUCGUAUCUAAGUAAUCGUAAGCAGAAUGUUAUCAUUGAUAACUCACUUUCUAAGCAACUAUCAGCAAUUAACACUGGUGUCCCGCAAGGUCGUCCUACUCUUAUCUUAAAAGUAUUAGCCGUUAUAAUACGGAAAUCGCUUUUUCAGUCUGAUACUGAAAAACUAGUUCAUGCAUUUAUUUCGUCUAGAUUAGAUAACUGUAAUUCGUUGCUUGCCGGACUUCCAGCAUAUAAACCACUUAUUCGUGUCCAGAAUGCAGCUGCUAGGCUUGUAACAAGAACACGAUCAUAUUACUGA